UGUGCGAGUGUUGAGCGAGCGAGCGAGCGCGCACGAACUGCUACAAAAGAAGCGCGAGAGGAGUUUGCGGGCUGAACUCCGAGGCAGUGCCAGCUGCUGUCGGACGGCGAUCCCUCUUGCUUGCUUUUCCUCCUCCUGCGGUCUCUCUCCGCGCUGCUCGGGUGGGCUGUCGCGGUGGAAACAACCGGUGCCUGGCACGUCUUUCCCCCGAAGGAGCCGCCUGCUCGAGGACCCCCUCCCCCGCGCUUCCCUCUCGUUGGGACUCGCGCUGUGCUGCGCUGCCUCCUCCCCUUUCCUCGCAGGUUAAAGGACAGCGAGUCUUUUGUCAUUCCCUACAUUGGGAGAUGGAAGUUCAGGUCUAAAGCAAUGUGGAAUGCUCCAGUUUGCCUACUUCUGCCAUAAUCGAUACCCCCACUAUCCAUCCAACCUCAGACUUGUUCCAUUGUGAUGGCAGCAGGUUGCAUGCCUUGGACUUGAUGCUUGAUUUGCAUGACUCCUAACAAUCAGGUGCUGGAUUUGCCAGUGAGCAAACAUGGCCCACUCAGUGAAUAUUAAUGGCAGUUUUACAGAAAACGAAGAAAAUAAUGUAAAUGGGGAUGAUGAGAAAAUUCAGAAAGAUCCCUAUUUUGUGGAAACACCUUAUGGUUACCAGCUUGAUUUGGACUUUCUCAAGUAUGUGGAAGAUAUACAGAAGGGAAAUACUAUUAAAAAAUUGAACAUUCAGAAAAAGCGGAAAGUGGCCCCACCUUUUGCUACUAUUAAAAUCACUUCCAAUCAGUACAGUGAAUGGACAUCAAAUGAAUCUCUUUCUUCAUCCAACAGUGAUGAAACCAAACAUUCAUCUCUGCUUUUUACAGCUCAAAACCAAUUAGCAGGGGCAACUUCUGCAAGGCCAUCCUUGGCAUUUGAAGCUUCUCCAAGCUUCCUUACUAUCCCUGAAAGCAAACCAUUACUUCCUCCUUCACCACAGCUGCCUAGACACAACCUUCGAGUUACAAAAACUCUCAUGGAAACACGUAGGAGAUUGGAGCAGGAAAAAAUUGCAAUGCAGCCCAUCCAUGGAGAAACUCGGAGGCCUAGGCUUUCCAGUUUUGGAGCCAUGGGCUCAACUGGCUCACUUCCUUCUUUUGUAGGAUCCAGUAGCCAGAAUCAGAUGUGCCAGCAAUUUCAGAAUGGGUAUCAAGGCAAUGGAGACUGUAAUCUUUACCUAGCAUCCUCUUUGGGCAGUUCUAUUCGGCAUAGCCCCUUGAGUUCAGGAAUAUCAACACCUGUGACCAACGUGAGCCCAGUGCACCUGCAACACAUCAGGGAACAAAUGGCUAUUGCCCUCAAACAUCUCAAGGAGCUGGAAGAGCAAGUCAAAACCAUUCCCGUGCUCCAGGUUAAGAUUUCAGUACUGCAGGAAGAGAAAAGACAGAUGAUGGCAAAGCUCAAAAGCCAAAGAAUGGUCAAUCAGAAUGACACAGGCACUUUUAGAAAGAGAUCUUACAGUGCAGGAAAUGCAGAGCAGUGGAAGCAUCUCUCGUCAGUCAGAGGAGGUGGGGAGCUUUACAUAGACUGUGAAGAAGAUACGGGGAGUGUGGGGCAUAGCUCAGAGCAGGUAGAAGAGUUCCGGCAGUUGACUGCUGAAGUGCAAGCAUUGGAGAAGAAAAUCCAGGACAGCAGUUAUGAUAUUCCUUCUAAUGUGCGAGGAAAUCAAGCAAGUGUAGCAAAAGAGAAUAGGUCAGUCGCUGUAGGUGCAGAGGAAAGUAUGAAUGAUAUUGUGGUAUAUAACAGAGCUUUGAGGGUGUGCAGGGAUAUAGCAGUAGGAACAGAUCUGAAGACUAAAGAUUUUAUUGCUGGGGUGACAGAAGAGAUGCUUGGUCUGUCUACUGAGGCUGAGAGAGAGAUAGAACUUCAGCAUCAGACUAUUGAAUCCCUUAAAGAGAAAAUCUACCGGCUGGAGGUUCAGUUGAGGGAAGCCACUUAUGACAGGGAGAUGAUCAAAUUAAAGCAUGAGCUUCAGGCAGCUGGGUCUAGGAAAAAAUCAGACAAGGCAUUAAUGGCACAGCCCCUUGUCUUCAGCAAAGCAGUAGACACAAUAAUACAAACAAGAGACCAAAUGGUGGGAAACCACGUGGAUAUUGUUGAUUCAUGUGUAGGGAACAGUCACCAGAUGAGUAGCAUUGGUGUAUUGUGUAGGCCUAUGUUACAGAGUUCAGCUGUGGGGCCAGAUGUUCCUAUGAAUUGGUGGAUUGUGAAAGAGAGGAAUGAAAUGUGUGGUCGUUGUACUGGGAGUUACACUGAGACCCACAACAAAUGUGUGGGCACAGAAAUUAGCUUCUGUGAAACUGGGGUAAAUACAGAAGAAUUGAUAGACAGCCUAAGCCUGCAUAAGACAGAACUACAAAUCAAGGAAGUGUGGUCAAGCGGGUGUGGAGACUCUUUGGAUCUGACAUUCUGUCCAACUAAAGAGACCAUAUCUUGUAGCACGAACACAGAGACUGCUUGCAAGGCCAAUUCUGGAGUCAUGGCAGUGCCUUGUACAAUUAACCAGGAAACCAAUACAGUAUUGGAAAAGGCUGAUGCAUUCAUCAACACAGAAAUGACUACUUUGACAGAUUCCAGCACCAAUACUUUCUUGAGCACUUAUGAUAAGCAGACAAACACUGUGAUUGUGGAGUUGAAGACUGUGGCUGUUGGAGAUGGUAGGGUCAAGGAUGUAAAUACUGCUGCUAAAACUCGUUCCAUUGGUAUAGGAACUCUGCUUUCCACCACUACUAGCUUUGAUAAAUCUUCUUUAACAAAGACCAAAGACUGUGGAGUAGGGCACAUCAGUAUUCAUGAGAACUAUCUAGUUGGAUUAAAAAUGAGAAACAUUGCUUGUGGUCCACCACCAGUUUCUAUAGCACCACCCAGCACAAGAAGCAUUGGUGUUGGGGAUGAUUCUGUGGAUGGUUCAGGAAAUGCUGACAUUGAUAGUCCAUUUCCUCUGCCUGAAAUAAGAACUGGCCUGGAUCAUUACAUUGAACGGGUUCAGAAGCUUGUUCAAGAACAGCAGAUGCUCCUUGCUGAAAAUUAUGCUGAACUAGCAGAUGCUUUUGGAGAGCCUCACUCACAAAUAGGGUCUCUCAAUUCUCAACUUAUUAGCACUCUAUCAUCUAUCAACAGUGUCAUGAAAUAUGCAAGCACAGAGGAACUGCGCAGUUUAGAUGUACCGAAACAAUGCAUGGACAAACCUACUACUACAGGCUCUUUAAAGUUGAAGCUGGGACAGGAGAUUGGGACCAUAAAUGAGGAGAAAACUGCAAUAGUCGGAAUGAGACAGGACCAAAAAGUUUUGGCUUCCCAGGAUAGCACAAUAUCUUCAAUUAAUCUUACAGAUGAUCAGCUUGCCUCUGGGCUUUAUGUAUGUGCAAAUGAUGGCAUGUUGAAGUCUAUCAUGAAGAAAAAAGAUGGGAAAAAAGAUGAGAAUACAAAGAAGAAUUUGCAGUUUGUUGGUAUAAAUGGAGGAUAUGAAACUACAUCAAGUGAUGACUCUAGUUCAGAAGAGAGUUCCUCAUCAGAGUCUGAUGAUGAGUGUGUUGGUGUUACAGGCGCUCCCAGAUAUGAACUGAGUGAAAAGGUGCUGUCAGCGUGUCAUCUUCUGAAAAACAGCAUUGAUGAUCCUAAGGCCAUGAGCAGCAAAGACAUACGAUUUUGUUUAAACACCAUCCAACAUGAGUGGUUUCGUAUAUCAAGUCAAAAAUCAGCUAUUGCUGCCAUGGUUGGGGACUACAUAGCUACUUUUGAAGAGGUUUCUCCUGCAGUCCUUAGACAAGUCAUCAACAUGGCAGAUGGAAAUGGCAACACAGCUCUUCAUUACAGUGUCUCCCACUCUAACUUUGAAAUUGUGAAACUGCUUUUAGAUGCAAAUGUCUGUAAUGUAAAUCACCAAAACAAGGCUGGUUAUACCCCUAUUAUGCUGGCUGCUCUUGCAGCUGUAGAGGCAGAAAAAGACAUGAAAAUAGUGGAAGAACUCUUUGCCUGUGGAGACGUGAAUGCAAAAGCUAGCCAGGCUGGUCAGACUGCUCUGAUGCUUGCUGUGAGCCAUGGGCGAAUAGAUAUGGUGAAAGCUCUGUUGGCUUGUGGUGCAGAUGUCAACAUUCAAGAUGAUGAGGGUUCCACUGCUUUGAUGUGUGCAAGCGAACAUGGGCAUGUUGAGAUAGUCAAGCUUUUGCUAGCUCAACCUGGAUGUAACGGCACCCUGGAAGACAAUGAUGGCAGUACAGCCCUUUCAAUAGCCCUUGAUGCGGGGCACAAGGAUAUUGCUGUUCUCCUCUACGCUCACGUAAACUUUUCAAAAACUCAGUCCCCGGGAACUCCAAGGCUUGGAAGAAAGCCUUCCCCAGGUCCUACUCACAGAAGCCCAUUUGAUUGCUAAUGCACUUUUGUGUAAAACUCUGUCACAUCUUCUAAGCUGCUAGUGAUUACUGUUUUACAGUGACAGAUAUUGAAUGUAAUUGUCAUGUGCCUGAACUCACCAGCAAAUUGAAAGCCAAUAUUUAGAGCUAGAAUAGCAUCUACAAGAAAGAGGUUAAGAAGCACUCUUGCUAACAAGAGACAAUUUACACAUGGUGUGGUGGUCAGUUGGUACUUCAGAUGAAUCCUCACUAUUCUGAUUGGUCAAACUCCUCCAUGCUGCAGAAACAUUUAGGUUUCCAAUAAAGUGAAAGAAACUGAUGUUAUCACAGUUUGCUGGAUGGAAGACUUGCUGUAUGGGAACAGCUGUCAUAAAGGAAUGAUUCUAUGCAGUUCUGUAGGUAAUAUGAAACCUUAAAGUCCCCUUUUGCUCAUCUUUUCAGCCUCCAGAAAAUAGCAUAAUAUCUUUGCUGCCGAAUAUAUCUUGCUGUUACCCUCAAUACAGUUAUUUAAGCUAGCUGUUUGGUUAUGACUCUAUUACUUUGUAAAUGUAUGUUCUCUACAAAUAUUUAUAUUUGCUACUGUUGGGAUUGUCAGCAAGAACCUUUUCAUUAUACAUGUCAUUCCAAAAUGGUUUUGAUUGUUGUUUGAAUGCUUUUUUUUUUUAAUUUAAAAAGGGAUACUUGUUUAUGUUUGCCCUUUAGAAUGUCAGCUGGUGGCUUCAUGGCUUAACAGUGGAAGAUAGGCCACUAUGGCCUGAACUAGCUAAAUAAAUUGUUGCUGCCGAUUUGUAUAGCUUUGCUAUAACAGUCAGUAUUUUUGACACUUUGAAUCCAACAUAACUACAGUAAUACUUUACACAUAACUGUUGUUACAUUUUUAUUAACUACAUGAUUCCUAAAAUGUUGGAAUAUGCUAUUCUCUAGUGAAAUCAAAUGUAGUUCUGGGCACCUAUAGCUAGAAUGCUUAUCUUCUUGCCUUGUUCUCUUCAUUAUAUGCAUUUUAAUGUUUGAAGUGCCUUAGAUUCUUGCCAUAUUUUCAAAAUAAA